CGAUAACGCAAAGAUUGUCGAGAAAGAAUGCCAGUCAGUUAGUUCGAUUACUAUUACAGUACCUGCAGAGAAUUAUAGGUACGAGUAUAUUUCGACGUACGAAGACGAGUAUUGUCGCCAAUUGUAUCGCAAUUGUCUCUCUCGAAAUUUCUUUCUCAGAAUCAGAACCACGAUGAAUAAAUACACGAUCGAGGAAGUCGCCCUGCACAAAAACGCUGAGGAUGUGUGGAUAAUAAUACACGGGAGUGUUUAUAACGUCACGUCGUUCCUGCCGGAACAUCCUGGUGGCGAGGAGGUGCUGCUGGGAUUGGCGGGGCAAGAUGCAACCGAGUGUUUCGAGAACAUCGGUCAUACUAAUGAGGCGAAGCAACUUCGGGAGACAUUUAAAAUCGGAGAAGUAACGAACCAGGAGAGCGCGACCCAAUCCCAGAUAACGAGCGAGAUUCGGUCAGAGACAACUGGUGCAGAUGCGAUAACAGCAGAUAAAGAAUCAACAGUAAACUACCAAGAUAAUCGCCAGACGGAAGGAAAGUUCUCGCUUAUGAUGUUCGCCUAUCUUGGUGUCGUAGUUUAUGCUAUAAUAUUCUACUAUUACUAUCAGAAUAUGUAAUUUAAACCGUUUCACGUGAAUAUAAUAUAUGUGUGCGUAAUACGCGUAGAUAGCUAAUUUUAGCAAAAUUCUAUACGCGCAAUAUAAUGUUAUACAAAGUUCAUUUUGUAUCGAGAAUCAGUUUGUUCAGCUUUUUAAAUAUUAUCUCUCCUACUUGUGUUUGUGUUGUUGGAUUUUUAAAAUAAUUUAUUAUCUUUAGCGAUAUACAACUGUUUUCUUUUCAACUCUGCACUGAAGGAGAUAUAUGCGUCUAUAUACUUUAAAAUCAAGCAAAUAUUUUUGUAACACUCAUAAAAAGUAAUUAAGGAAAUAUAUAUGUAUAAAUCAGAUGAAUAUACUUGAUUUGCUUAUAAUUGUCCAGAUAAAAAUUGAAAGCUCAUUGUUUCUACAACUAAAUUUAUGCGUUGUAAUGUAAUCUGUAACAAAGUAGCUAAAAAUAUAUAUUUAAAGGAAUGAUUCAACAAAAAUCCGAUACGUGUUAUGUAACUUUUUUUGUUUUGGUCUCAAAUUCUGACACAUGCCUACAUGGACACAAUAUCCAAAAUGUAUGUAAAAUAUGCAUCCUAAAAGAAAUAUUAGCAUAUUACAUAUUAUUCAAAACUAUCUAUUAUUUUAAAUAUCUUGAAAGCAAUUAGAUACGUCAAUUAACAAGCAUUCGUUAUACACUAGAAGAAAAUGCCACCUCAUCCGAUAACAGACAAUUAUGAAAUAUCGAAUAUGUACGUGUAUGUGUGCGAAGGAGAAAAAAUGUAUGAAUAAUAAACGUAUAUCACUGUUAUUGCUUCGAAA